AUGUCCUUAGAGUCUCAGAGGGUAGUGGUGAUCCAGGAUGCUUCAAGAGAUGUGAGUACAAGUGCAAUAAAGAAGGUUCUAAAAAAGCUAGCUCUAAAACCUGGAGAUGAACUCACAAUUCUUGCUAUAUUUGGGAACAAAAUCGUCAAGAUGGAUUCAAGAUCAUUUAUUGCAACAGAUGGGGAAAAUCUUCAAGAGGAACUUGGCAAGAUAAAGGAAGAAUAUCAUAACAGACCACAAGUCAUGAAACUUUCUGAGUAUUGUCAAGCAAAAAAUCUUGUUUUCCAGAUAGAAGUUCUUGCAUACCCUUCUCAAGAUGUUACUUGUAAUGCUGUCAAUAUGUUUAGGGCUACGUGCUUGAUACUUGACAGACAUAUGAACAAAGAUAAGAGGCACUUCAUGGACAACCUCGCUUGUGGUAUUUAUAGGAUAAGGAAUCGCUAUAGCAUUCAAAUGCUCAGAAAGCCAAAACUAACAGAGAACAGCAAAUCAUUUGCUGAAAGAUCAGAUCACGUGAGAAAUAUGGAAGUGACACCAGGAAGCUCAGAGGCAGAAUUUUCUCAUAAGAGAACUAGAUCAUCAUCAAGCGAGAAUCUCAUGGAAACAGGAGUUUCAAUUCUUCAAUUUGAGAGUAAAGAGAAAGGACAAACAGAAGAACCUCAAUUUGAGAUGAAAGAAGAGCUCACAGAACCACUAUGUUCAGUGUGCAAGAACAAAAGACCAAAACCUGGAUGUAUGAGAGACUUCAGUUACUCUGAGCUUUACACAGCCACAAAGGGAUUUUCCCAGAAGAAUUUUCUAUCAGAAGGUGGAUUUGGAUCAGUGUACAAAGGGCAGUUAGAUGGAACGGAAAUUGCUGUUAAACAACACAAAUGUGCUAGCCCUCAAGGGGAAAAAGAAUUUAAGUCAGAGGUCAAUCUACUACGCAAAACAAGACACGAGAAUGUAGUCAUGCUGUUGGGGUCAUGCUCUGAGGGAAACAAUAGGCUUCUUGUUUAUGAAUAUGCAUGCAAUGGUUCACUGGAUCAACACCUAUCUCAACACUCUCGAGCUCCACUUAGAUGGGAAGAUAGGAUUAAAGUAGCUACUGGAUCUGCCAAGGGCUUACUAUACUUGCAUGAGAAUAACAUCAUACAUAGAGAUAUGAGAACAAACAAUAUCCUCUUAACACAUGAUCAUCAACCACUGCUGGGAGACUUUGGUUUGGCAAGAAGUCAACAUCAAGACUCAAUCCAGUCAACAGAGGUUGUUGGGACUUUAGGAUAUUUGGCUCCAGAAUAUGCAGAAUAUGGCAAAGUGUCAACUAAGACAGAUGUUUAUUCUUUUGGGGUAAUCCUAUUGCAGCUAAUAACUGGAAUGAAGACCACAGACCAAAGACUUGAAGGCAGAAGUCUUGUGGGAUGGGCAAGACCACUAUUAAGAGAGAGGAAUUAUCCAGAUCUAAUUGACGAAAGGAUCAUGAGUUCUCAUGAUUACCAUCAACUAUUUUGGAUGGUUCGAAUUGCAGAGAAAUGUCUAAGCAGGGACCCUCACAAGAGAUUAAACAUGGGUGAGGUAAGUCUUCAUUAUUCACUAAACCACUAUGAUCAAGACAUUGUGGUUGAUGUUUUAACUCAAAUAGCAGAGGGCAAGAUAUGUGGGAACAUAAAGAGAGAUUACUUCCCUGUGAGGUCAGAUUCAUUAUACAGCACAUCAGACGAAGGUGAAGAAGAAUCAUCAGAAGAUGAAAUAAUGAAUAAUGAAGAAGAGAGUUGCAGUGCCGAUUCCAGUAGCAGCGUGAGCCAGAUGGGUUUAGGAUUCUCUAACCCUCCAUCCCCUCCUCCAAUGGAAGAGCAUGACCAAUUAACUAUGGACACCCCAAGUGCAGAAUGA